ACAAAAGAGCAAAAUGAGAAUCUGUAAAUAACUAGGUAAGCUAAUCAAGUGAGAGAGUGGUGUGGAGCAUUCAUCAAAUCAUUUUGCAGAAACAUCUUUGUUUUGGUGACGGUCUUAGUUUGCCACAAAACCACCACUGACACGACCACUGCUUACAGCUGCUGCUGAGAAACCAGGGGAGGCUGAAGUAAUUCUGAACAAGCCAAUUAACCCACUCUUCCCCAGGAUGCCGUCAGUGUAAAUAAUAAUUUGUUCUAUACUGAGUUGCCUAGUUAAAUAAUGUUUUUAUUUCUUUUUUAAGUCUGUACCUUGUAGUUAACUCUUCCUCCACAUAGAGGCGCUGUGGUUUUUGGCUUGCCACCCGCUGAUACAGGCGGAAGUGAGCUCGCGAGUGGACUUUUCUUUCUUGUGAACAACGUUCUUUCUUUGUGGAAGAAGCUACCAGUUGAAUAGCUAACUAGCUACCAGUUGAAUAGCUAACUAGCUACCAGUUGAAUAGCUAACUAGCUACCAGUCAACUUAAAAUGUCUAAACAACAGUCGUUUCGUGUGUUUUUAAAUGAGCGCUUAACUGCGGCUGCUGUAGAGAUUUUCGGAGAAGUUGAGAAAACGGUAGUGAAAUACCAGGAGGAGAAUGAUCGGCUACGGAGACUGCUGCGGAUCAAACCGGAGGUUAAACUAUGUAGAACAGACUCCCUGCAGCCCUCUGUCUCUGAAGAGGAGGUUCCCCCUGAGCAGCAGCACUGUGAGCAGGAGUGGAGCCCCAGUCUGGGACAGAAGGACCCAGAGACCAAACAGAUUAAAGAGGAACAGGAGGAAGUCAGGACCAGUCAGGAGGAAGAGCAGCUUCAAGGGCUCUUUGAUACCAAAGACUCCAUAUUCACUACUUCCUGUGUGAAAAGUGAAUGUGAUCUGGAGGACCCAUGUCAAGAAGCCGUACUAGCUGAACACCCAAUUCUCAGUCCACUGAAAACAUCUAAACUACAGUUGUUGAGUGUGUUGUUAAAUGAAUGUUUAACGGCGUCUGCUGCUGUGGAGAUUUUUGGUGCGAUUGAGGAAACAGUAGCAGAGUACCAGGAGGAGAAUGAUCUGCUACGGAGACUGCUGCGGAGGACACCAGAGAUACAACUAUGUAGAAUAGACUCCCUGCAGAUCUCUGUCUCUGAAGAGGAGGUUCCCCCUGAGCAGCAGCACUGUGAGCAGGAGUGGAGCCCCAGUCUGGGACAGAAAGACCCAGAGACCAAACAGAUUAAAGAGGAACAGGAGGAAGUCAGGACCAGUCAGGAGGAAGAGCAACUUCAAGGUCUAUUUGAUACCAAAGACUCUAUAUUCACUCCUUCCUGUGUGAAAAGUGAAUGUGAUCAGGAGGACCCACUUCAGUCCUUGACUCUUCCCCAAACCCAGACUGUGGAGAACAGAGAGAGAGACUCUAAACCAGUGGAUCUCACACCUUUUGUCACUGUGACCCACCUAAAGGGUCUCAACAUUCCCUGUGACCCUCCAGAUAAUCAAAACAAUGCCUCCAGCCACAGUUCAGCUGUAAGCAUUGACCCAGUAGGACUUGACAGCAGCCCACCAUUGGAUCCCAGUCCACCAUUGGAUCCCAGUCCACCAUUGGAUCCCAGUCCACCAUUGGAUCCCAGUCCACCAUUGGAGAAACACUGUUCCAAAUCCAGCACCACAUCUAGAAAAACUCACCACUGCCAUGACUGUGGUGCAAAAUUUGCUCUGAAAGCUGACCUGCAGAGACAUGUGACUCUCUUCAGUAAGAUACCCAGUGAAUGUAGUUCCUGCCAAAAACGCUACAACUCCACCUGUAAACUGAAGGCCCAUGUCCGACUCUGUCACAGUGGGAAACACUGCACAUGCCCCUUUUGUGGAAAGACCUUCAAACUCAAAGGAGAUCUGUCCAAGCACAUGAGGAUUCACACAGGAGAGAAAUCCUUUAUCUGUGGUGACUGUGGGAAAAGCUUCAAUCGCACGGAUUUCCUAACCAGGCAUAAACUGACUCACACAGGAGAGAAGCCAUUCACCUGUGGUGACUGUGGGAAAAGCUUCAAUCGGAAGGAGACCUUAACUACGCACAAACUGACUCACACUAGAGAGAAACCAUUUAGCUGUGGUGACUGUGGGAAAAGUUUCAAUCGGAAGGUGAGCCUAACUGAACAUAAAUUGACUCGAACAGGAGCGAAACCAUUUAGCUGUGGUGACUGUGGGAAAAGCUUCAUUCGGAAGGUGAGCCUAACUGAACAUAAACUGACUCACACAGGAGAGAAACCAUUUGUCUGUGGUGACUGUGGGAAAAGCUUCAAUCGGAUAGGGCACCUAUCUGAACAUAAACUGACUCACACAGGAGAGAAACCAUUUAGCUGUGGUGAAUGUGGGAAGAGCUUUAUUCAGAACAGGGCACUAAGUAGACAUUUACUGACUCACACAGGAGAGAAAUCAUUUAGCUGUGGUGACUGUGGGAAGAGCUUUAUUCAGAAGUGGGACCUAAGGAGACAUAAGCUGACUCACACAGGAGAGAAACCAUUCACCUGUGGUGACUGUGGGAGAAGUUUCAAUCGCAAGGAGACUUUAAAUACGCACAAACUAACUCACACCAGAGAGACACCAUUUAGCUGUGGUGACUGUGGGAAGAGCUUUAUUCAGAAGGGGGUCCUAAUGAGGCAUAUACUGACUCACACAGGAGAGAAACCAUUUAGCUGUGUUGACUGCGGGAAAAGCUUUAUUCUGAAAGGGGACCUAAGAAGACAUAUGCUGAUUCACACAGGAGAGAAACCAUUCACCUGUGGUGACUGUGGGAAAAGUUUCAAUCGCAAACAGACCUUAACUACGCACAAACUAACUCACACCAGAGAGAAAUCAUGUAGUUGUGGGGACUGUGGGAAAAGCUUCAAUCGGAAACAUCAUGGCUGCUCAGUCUGUGAUAAAAUAUUAAUUCAGAAGACUAAUCUGCUAACACGUGAAAAACAACCACAGAGAAAGUAAAUGAGGACACAGAGAGGAGACGAAGAGAGUAUUGAGAUACACCUGUGGCCCAACUCUAACUGGUCCUCCUGAUCCUGCUCAGUCCAAUGUGACAGUAAUUAUAUAAUGGGACUGUUGUCUGAACCUAACAGGUAAUGUUGCUGCUCUCUGUGUAUGAAAUGGACAAUCUGCAGUUCAGACAACCACCAGUUUUUAGGUGAACAACAGAGGGAUGGUGUUGGAGAGUUGUGAACACUCAAUGUCGUAGACAGAUCUAUAGAUACAAGAUGUCCAGAUCUGAUGCAGGGUUUCCAAUAGGCGGCCCGUUGGUGGUUUUAUUUGGCCCAAGUUUUCAUGUGUAAAUAGAUUUACAGUACCAGUCAGAAGUUUGGAUACACUAUAUAUAUAUAUAUAUAUACAGUGCCUUGCGAAAGUAUUCGGCCCCCUUGAAC